AUGAAGCCACUCGUUUGUUUGAGUCUCUUUCUGACAGCCGUCUCAUCUUUAAAGUUUCAUGACUCCCCACGAGGCUUGCAAGAUACUCAGAUUCGGAAUGAAACUACAGCGAACAUAGCUACUCGCAUACGCCUCAACCCAGCCAAAAUUCGCGAUUCUGGCGACAAAGACUUCCUCACUUGGACCGUGCCCAAUGCAGCCUCGACAAAACUCACUGUCAAAGACACAAGUCUCUCCCUCUCCCUCUCCGUCGCGAGCGGCAAGCUGGGUGGAAACUAUAACAAAGCCGUAUACACCCGUAUAGGGAUCUCGACUGAAAAUGAUAACGGCGACAACGUAGGAGGUGCAGCUAUCACACUCACCAUACAGGGUCUUUCGACUGGCGAACACUCUCUUCUUACAUGGCACAACGCCUGGGAUGCACUCAAAGAGACCGCUUCUGUGAAUGUUACUGUCAACGGCGGGAACUCGGUCAGCGGCAUUGCACAAUCAGUUCGCGUUGAUAACAUUUGGGAGGCUGCUGCUUCGUUCGUAACUUUCUCAGCUGUUGAAGGACAAGCCAUCGAAAUCGUGUUCGCGCCUGACAGUAGCGGCGAUGGCCGUGUUUUUCUGAACGGGUUCCAAAUCGAUAGCCCGAAUGUUGAGGACCAGAUCAGCUUUCCAGAGCCCGCCCACCAGAACGAAAGGAUCGAAGUCUCAGGUGACGGUGAAAAAUCCGUAAGGGCUAGCUGGAAAGCUGCGCAAGCCCGGGAUGCUGUAUACAACGUUUAUCUUGGGACUUCGCCAACCACUCUGAAAACGGUAGCAACCAGUUUGUCAGAAACGAGCACUACUCUACAGGGGCUCAACUCCAUGGACAGCUUCUACUGGCGUGUAGAUGUUAUUACUAACAAUAAGACCAGCAUUGGUCGGACGUGGACAUUCCGUGUUGCGCAACUUGCUUUCCCAGAAGCUGAGGGCUAUGGGCGUUAUGCCCGUGGCGGACGAGGAGGCCAAGUUAUCCACGUUACUUCACUUGAGGAUUCAGAAGCGGAAGGAACGCUUCGAUACGCUUUAACCAUAGCAAAUGGACCGCGCAUCGUCGUCUUCGAUGUAGGCGGCGUCAUCACCACCAAGUCCAGGAUGACUGUCCAGGGCCAGUACAUCACCGUUGCUGGUCAGACGGCGCCUGGCAAAGGCAUCGUCGUCCAGGGUUAUCCUCUCGGUCUGAGUGGUGCUACGGAUGUCAUCUUUAGACAUCUGCGCGUUUUUCCUGGAAAGGUGUCUAACCAGACUAUCGAUGGUAUGGGAAUGCAAGGCUCCAACUUUUGCAUCUUCGAUCGAUGCAGUAUGGGUUGGACGAUCGAUGAGACGUUUUCCUCUCGCGAUGCACACAACAUCACUCUACAGCGCAGCAUGAUCAGCGAGCCACUCAACAUCGCUGGCCACAAAAAUUACCCAGUGGGUACACAGCAUGGCUACGCUGCUUCUAUUGGUGGCGAAGUUGGCUCGUUCCACCACAAUCUGAUUGCACAUGCUGAGGGUCGCAGUUGGAGCAUGGCGGGAGGUGUGGAUGAUGAGGCGCGGUUUGCGGGUAUGCUGGACAUCCGCAAUAACGUUGUCUACAACUUCGGCGACCGCGUGACGGACGGUGGUGCGCACCAAGCACAGUUCGUUUCGAAUCUGUACAAAAAAGGUCCUGCUUCGACACGAACGUACGCCUUCCGAGCACAGUACGAGGACGAUAUGCCCGGCACACAACAGUAUUUCUGCGAAGGCAACGCGAUGCCAGGUGUUUUCUCCGAGGACAGCGAACAAUACGUCUCCGAUGGCACAGGCAAAUCUUCCAACGUGGCUUGCUGGGCGGAUGUAACGAUCGGUAAUGUCACAUACCAAAAGUUCGUCCCUGAGCCGUGGUUCGAAAGUCAUGUUGAGACACAAUCCGCUACCGAAGCCUACAAGCGCGUUCUGAGCGACAGUGGCGCAUCGCAACCCGUCCAAGAUGAUCACGACAAGCGAAUCGUGCACGAAACACUCAAUGGAAAUACAACUUACACGGGAAGCGUGGGCAAGAAGCAUGGUAUCAUUGACAAUCCUGCUGAUGUGGGAGGUCUUGAGGAUUUUCCUUCUGUCAGCCGCCCUUCCAGCUGGGAUGCUGAUGGCGAUGGCAUUGCAGACUGGUGGGAUGGUUCAACAGGUGGUGACGGAUACACUUCCAUCGAGGGAUACCUCAACUUCAUGGCUGAUCCUCACUCAUUCGUUGCGCCAUCCACGUCAGUCGAAAUUGACCUUGGUGUACUAGCUGCAGGCUUUGUGAAACCUAGCUUUUCUAUCGAUGGCGCCACAAAAGGAUCUGUAAAAGUCAGCGGUGGAAUUGCAACUUAUACUGCGAUGCAAACUGGGGUAGAUCGCCUUACGAUUUCAAUCGAGGAUGAAACUGGGAGCAAGUGGACACGAAUUGUUGGAGUUGCUAUUUUUGAAGGUGCAAAUGAUAUAUAA